AUGUUGCGCACCAAAGGAGGCAAAGCCGCUGCUGCAGCUGCGGCUGCUCAGAAAGACCCUAUACAAGCUGGAGAAGAGAGCUAUCGAGUAGACCGGCAAACGCUGACCUAUCCGGACAAACUGCUUACAACUUUGAUCGAACUCUGUGCAGGAAUAGGUCAGUAUCGUCAGCUGUUCAUAUCGGAUCACUUUUUUGCUCCCAGAGAAUACCUGAGUCAGCACAUCGAGCACAAAUUCGUUGACCUUAUACUGGCAAUGGCAUACGAUUCCGGGUCUACCACGCCUCGGAGACCUUCUGAUCUACUGAUGAUCAUCCAUUCUUACAUGACUGUUCUGCAGAAUAUUGAUGCUUGUGAACUUCGAUGCUUGGCCCAGAUUAUAGGCCCUUACGGGGUGAAAUAUCUUGCAGAAAGGCUGACGUGGCAUGUUGCCAGUCAAAUUGGCGAAUUAAACAAGCGACUUUGUUUUGCGGACAACUGCACAUUACAGAUUGUUGUUGCAAAUAAAGAAAUGCUGCACACGGCAAGGACUCAGUUCGAUUGUAACGAGCGAAUGAAAGAAGUUAUUCAAGCGCUGUCUCAUGAACCAAAGGAGAAAAAAGCAGUCGGUACGUCGGCUUCCGAUGCAAUUCUCCAGCGGACCUCUAUAAUUGGUCAGAUAUUUUGCUUCAGGAAUGCCUUGCAUGUCGCUUUGGAGCAGGUUCUGCUGAAUCGGUUGCCUUUUCUGAUGUCUUCGUUUACGAAUUUGUACUGCAGCAUGGAUGACGCUGGCAAAUCGGCAUUGGGCGAGCUAGGUGCCGCUAUGGGUGUACAAGGUCCAGUUGAUGUUGCGUUAUCAAACGCUAUACGAGCUCAAAAUCUACAGAUUAACCCUGACGAGCACUACCAGAUGAGCUGUUUGCUACUGGUAGCAAUAGCGAUCAGCCUUCCAAAAUUAGCAGUUGUCGAAACAGCGACAUAUAAACCUAGUCUACGUGCAAGUAUGAAUAACACCCACUGCAUUCCACUGGCUGUGAACACAAUUGCCGGAGCCUUGUUUCAUCAUCAUGGGCGAGGAGAUACACAUUUGAGAAUGAAGGAGUUCCUUGCGAGCAUAAUGCUGUCAAAACAGCAUAUGUCCGACCACCGGUCCUUACGGUUACUGGCGGUCCGGAAUGGAUUAACAGACGAAACGUUACGCCGCGUGCUGUCAGGACUGUAUCCUUGCACGUUGGGCGAGAUCAAUCAGGUAAAUGGUACACAGUUCCACAUCGUCACAGGAGUGGGAGCAGAGUGUAGUGAUCCUACGCAACCGGAAGAGGAAGACGCUGAGUUUCCAUGUACAAAGGAAAUGUCAGCGAUGAAAAGGAAUACUCAUUUGUUCGGCGGAAAAAAGGAGAAUUCGGAUUUCGAUAGAACUGUCAACUAG